CCCAUCCAGUUUGUGAGGGAUCUUGAGAGGGGGAGCUUGGCUGGCUGCUGGCGGGAGAGGGAGCAGCAGGCUGCAGUAUAAGACGAGCAGACAAAAUGACACGAGAUUACAAGCCUGGGGACCUGAUCUUUGCCAAGAUGAAAGGUUAUCCUCACUGGCCUGCAAGGGUGGAUGAACUUUCUGAUGGGGCGGUUAAGCCUCCUACAAAUAAAAUGCCUAUUUUCUUUUUUGGAACCCAUGAAACAGCUUUUUUGGGACCAAAGGACAUAUUUCCAUAUGAUGAAAAUAAGGAGAAGUAUGGCAAACCCAACAAACGAAAGGGAUUCAAUGAGGGUUUAUGGGAGAUUGAUAAUAAUCCCAAAGUUAAGUUCUCAAAUGCACAGAAUAUGUUGUCACUUGCCAGUGCUGUUGAAGGGGAUGAUGAAGAUGCACAGGAACAUUUAGAAGAACAUGAGGAUCCUUCUCAGAAGAAACGCAAGAUUGCGACAUCAAAGACUGGAAACAAACAUUCUGACUCCUCCAGUGGUCUCGAGUCACCAGAAAAAGAUCUGAAUACCUCAAAGGAGGACAACAGUGACCAACUUGGCAGUGAAGAUGGCCCUACUAAUUCACCCGUUAAAGGAAAGCGAGGCAGAAAGAAAAAGGUGGAUAUUUUGGCUGAGGCGGAGCGUAAUGCAAAUGCUGCAGCGAUGGCUCAACUAAAGCCAAGUCCCAAGAGGGGCAGACCAGCUUCCACAGAACCCAAAGUGCCUAAACCAAGGGGAAGACCAAGGCUAAAGCCACUACCUACUUCACCAGAUCCGGAAAUAACUGAAGAUGAUCAAAUCAAGAAGAAAGCUCUAGAAAAAUCACCAAAACAGACAGUUUCUAGAAAGGAGGAGGAAGGAACAAAGGAAAAUGAUGAUAAACCGCAAAAAGAGGCAAGCAAAAAAGAUGUUCCUGAAGCUAAAAAAAAGGUUGCUGGAAAAGUGGAUUCGGGUUCCCAUUCAGAAUCUGAAGAUCAGGAAGAGGGAAAGCAGAAAGGCAAGGUUGGCAGGCCGCCUCAAGCUGCUGUAAAACGUGGUGCAAAACCUGUGCAAGACAAGGAAGUUGCAGAUAAAAGAAGAAAACUUGAUGAUGCUGCAGAAACAGAAAGCCACAGUAAGGAAGAAACUAAAAAAACAGAUGUUAGAAAAUUUGACAAGAAAAAAGAAACCUCCAUUGAUGCUAGACUUCAAAGGAUACAUGCAGAAAUAAAGUCCUCUUUAAAGCUUGACCACCAGGAUGUGAACAGAUGUAUUAUUGCUUUGGAUGAGUUGGCUUCCCUGCAGAUUACCAUGCAACAUGCCCAGAAACACACAGAUAUGAUCACUACUCUGAAAAGGAUUCGUCGGUUUAAAGCCAGUCAGGUGGUGAUGGAGAAGGCCUCGAUGCUUUACAACAAGUUCAAGAAUAUGUUCCUUGUUGGAGAAGGAGACUCUGUAAUAACUCAGGUUCUUAAUAAAUCUUUAGCAGAACAGAGACAGCAGGAGGAAGCCAAUAAAUCCAAGGAUGCAGGAAAAAAGGGACCUCACAAGAAAAUAGAGAAAGAACAGAACUCUGAUACAAAAGCGGUUAAUGGCGGCCGGGAAGCACAGGACCAAACACAAGAAAAUGGUGACAGUGGUGAAGAAAAUGAUGAUAAGGAAGACAACACCACAAAACGGUCAACGGCUGGAUUGAAAACUGCAGAGCCCAACAAGCGAACAAGUGAUGAUUCUGUCUCUGACAACUAAUAGAGGAAGAACACUUGCCUUUCUGAAAGAGCCGUUUAGCAGUCUUGCAACAAAACCGUUUGACUGCUUAGAGUUUUAAAUACUUUUAUAUAUUGGCAGUAUUUUGGUGUGUGAAAGUUGUGUUAUGAAGGCAAGACCUAUUACCUGGAGAUGAGAGUUAUUCAGUGUUAGCUAGAUUUCUGUCCUAGUUUCUCAUCUGUUGAGUUUAAUCUGUUAACAAGAACUUGUGGUUAAACUACCUUCCUGUAAUUUUGUGCAGACAGUUAAAGUGUAUUAUUUAUACAGUUCCAUACACUAACUCUGAGUU